AUAUAUUUGUAACCAAUCAGCCGCAAGGAAUUUUGCAUGUUGACGUUUCGUUAUCAUGCAUUUACCGCCUGUAUAUAAAAUACAGAAAGCGUUACACAGGUACUUUCAUUAUUGAAUUAUCAGUCUGUCUUUAUCGGAGAUAUUAUACAGUCACAUGUAGUUAAGCCGUCGUUUUAUUUGACUAAUUUCAUAACGGCAUCAUGGAUUUAAAACAUUUUCUUAUGGUGAAAAUAUUAUUUGUGUUUAAUGAAUUAUAUGCUUGCGACGGAAAACUGAAUGAAAGUACAUUGUUAAGAAAGGAAGGAUAUCUUGAGACAUCAAUGGAAAAGAAGCUUAUACGAACAUUACUCGAAGAAUAUGAGGCUCGCGGGAAAAUGGGACGUCCGAUAGUAGAACAAAAUGAUACUUUAACCGUCUACUACGGUCUUAGCUUAAUUCAAAUUCUUGACCUAGAUGAACGUAAUCAAGUUCUGGCAACUAAUGUAUGGGCAUCUUAUGCAUGGAAAGAUAUUUACAUGAGUUGGGAUCCUGAACUGUACGCAAACAUUACAAAAGUAAGAGUUCCGUCUGACAGAGUUUGGACGCCAGAUAUAAAACUAUAUAACUAUGCAGAUAUAAGACUAGAAGAGAAACGAGAGACACUAGUUGUAGUUCAACAUGACGGUAGUAUACAAUGGAUUCCACAGGCCAUUUAUAAAAGUUCGUGUUCAAUUAAUAUUCAAUACUUUCCAUUUGACGUCCAAACGUGUAAAAUGAAAUUCGGCUCCUGGACAUAUGAUGGCAGUAAAAUUAUGCUUGAACUAUUAUAUGACGUGAAAGAGGGAUUUGACUUUACCGAGUAUAUACCAAACAACGAAUGGAAAGUUGCCUCAUCAUCUGCUAAGAAAAGUGUGAUAUGGUACACGUGUUGUCCUGGAGAGCCGUUUGUAGACAUAACAUUUUAUUUACAGAUCCGGCGCCAGCCUGCCUUUUACAACUAUAUUCUUAUUUUGCCUUGUAUCCUGUUAUCGUCUCUCACUCUAGUUUUGUUCUGGCUACCUCCUGAGUCUCCAGCAAAAAUGCAAUUAGGUAUGAAUAUAUUUGUGGCGUUUUUCGUGUUGCUUCUGCUACUAGCCGAGUCUACACCUCCAUCAGCGUCUUCUAUUCCCCUUAUAGGAGCGUAUUACUGCUUGAAUAUGGUUUUAAUCACAUUAUCGGCGUUUCUGUCAGUGAUUGUGGUCAAUUUGUAUUUCCAUGGGGCCAAACGGGAUGUCCCCUUUGUUGUUAAAAAGAUUGUUAUUGAUGGUUUAGCACGGCUGUUCUGCAUGCGUGGAGAAUUUGUCAAAUUAGAGAAUGCCGGUCGAGAAAUUGGAAGUAAAAGAUAUAAUGUUGUUCCUACACAACUAAACAAAGACAUCGCUUCACACAUGAAUGAUAAUCAUGUGCCAUACACCGAUGUCGCCGACGAGGAAAUUCUUAUCAGGACGCUUUCGGAUGGCCAAACAGACAAGCCGGAAGCAUUGUGGUUGAGAAGCCUUGCGCAUGACAUUCGUGACAUCCGGUCACAGUGUGAAUAUCUAGUUGACAAGCAAACGAAACUCGAUAAACUUGAGAAAACAAUUAAAGAGUGGAGACUGGUUGCUGUUGUACUUGACAGACUGUUCUUUGUCAUUUAUCUUAUCAUAAUGAUUGUGUCCAUUUCGACGGUAUUCGAUUUUGUGCUCUUUGGAAAGGACGGGAACAGCAGCUCAUAGUGCUGGUUUGAGGAACAAUCAGUUCCAACUAUUCUUGUAACACGCCUUAGAGGAGUAAAUGUUAUAUAAAUUUGUACAUGUUUGAAACUGUGCUGAAAUCAUUAAAAGUCGUCCGAUGUGAUAAAUGUAAUUAUGUUAUAGAAAAACUGUAAGAGAAUCGUUGUAAACCAUAUGAUGCUGUAAAAUGAUAGAAUAUUUAUUAUUUAUGUUCUUAGCCUUAGAAUCGUUAAGAUCAACGUCUGUAUGAAAGUUUGUACACUUAACAAUUUAACAUGGAUUAAACUUGAUAGAAGUAAUUAUUUAAAAUGGGCGUAUAUCUUGUCCAGAAUGAAGAAUCCCGACGGCCAGGUUUUGGUAUAGCUAAUAUAUACAUUAUUUAUAAUAUUGAACAGACUCAAUAAUAAUUGUUUAAGGACCACAACUAUUGUCAAAAAGCACUAACAAUAUAAAGUUUGAAAAUCUAAUAUAGAUCAGAUUGAGCGUAUAAAACAAGCAGAUAUGACAAAAAUAAAGAGAUUUUCUCAAUAAACUUUUUAAACCUGUACAAAGUUUAGUCAGAUUUGAGUUAAAAGCGUUAAUUCUUUUUUCAUUUUAGGUUAUUUUGAACAAUGGAAAUUAUUAUUAAACAAGGGCUAUGAUCUGACACUUGUACACACGUUAUUAGUAAAUAUUCACAUCAAAUGCUAUGGAAAAAAGCCGAAACAUGUAUUCAGUCCAGUCAUGUAAAAUACUUCAGUGAAAUCUCUUUGAAAAAUCGUAAAUUAGUUGUUGGUUUAAACAUAUUUAUUUAAGCUCGAUUGCGAAACAAGUUCUUGCAACUUAUAUUAAUCACUUUCGAGUCCGCUUCCUGGAACCAACCAGUACUGGUGUCAUAUGAAGAAGCAUGGUCGUGACCCGAGUAGGGCUCGACCCAUGAUCUCUGGGUUGUGAGGCAGACACCUUAACCACUAGGCCACCACUCCCCUCAAAUUAGUUGUUAAAUAAAGAAUGAAUUUUAUCAUGAUUAUAUAAUAGGGCAUUGAAUAUAACACGAGUUGCUUCCUAUAUUACUGCAAUAUUUGAUAUUCAUAUAAAUAUAUGAUGCUUAUAGAUAGAUAGGCUGUUGAAAUAACAUACAAAGCAAUAUUUGUCUUCCGGUCGCAUUUUAUAUUUUAAUUUCAUGUUUACUUUUAUAUAUUUAGCUUGAGUAUUUCUAUGGUAUAACAUAAUAGAUUUCUCAAUCCUCUUUAACUUCUAUUUGGCUAAGAAGACAAACGUUGUAUUUGAGCUUUUAGAGGCACAAUGUUCUUUUAUUAGCAAUUACAAAUCAUAUCAUUAAUAAAUGGUUGUAAAUAAAAAAAAGAUAUUAUUGUUGUACCUGUAUGUAAAAGUAAUUAUGUCCCUUUCAUCGUAGUAAUACAUCUUAUCACGUGACAAUGUAUAUUUGACGCAUGCCUGUUAUUGAAUUAAAUGAUUUUUGUUUAAAUAUUAAGACUUUAGCUACUUUUUGUAUAGCUUGUCUUUUUAACAUGAAUGUACACACACCUAAAAUUCCUUUUCCAUCUCAUGACAUAAUUGUUACAAAUGUGUAAAAAUAGAUUGCCACACUUUUCAUCAAACAUUGACAAGUGACGUAUUUUUGUAAAUAAACUUUGAUAUGACAUUAAAGAUUCAUGUAGCAAUAUCUUGUGGACUGCUGCUGGGUAGGUAACUAUAUAAAAGGAGCAAAUAUGAAUUAAAGUGUUCACGGUUA